AUGUGUAGGGGCUACAGUACCGUUCCCAACGACAUUUUGCCGGUCCUUUGUGGCGUAAUACCCAUUAGACAAAAAGCCUGGGCGGAGUGGGUGUCCUUUAGGAUUCGCCAGGCUCACAAAGAGAUACGUAUUGGCGAUGUUACCAUCAGACCAGAUGCAGUUGAUGAGGACUUCGCAAUUUGGGAGUUGCAUCCGUUGCAACGAAUAGCGGUGACCUUUGAUCGAAAGGAUCACACAGUAGGGAAAGGCUUGGAACUGUACACUGAUGGCUCAAAAGGACAGGGCAGAGUGGGUGCUGCAUACUGCGUCAUGGGGGAGGGACAGGUGGAGAGAUACGGGAAGGCCGCUCUGCCGUCUCAUGCGUCUGUCUUCGAGGCUGAACUGGCCGCCAUGGUUAUGGGCAUUAAUGAGUUCACGCACAGUCGUUACACAGGGACUGUGCACGUUUACACAGACAGCCUGUCCCUUUUACAGGCCCUCAAUAAUCCCGUCCACACUAAUGUGAGGGUGCAAAAAUUAAAGGAAUCCAUUAAGGCAGUUGAACCCGGUAUUAAAUUUUGUUUCCAUUUCGUGUACGGUCACACCGGUAUUCUCGGUAACGAGAUUGCCGACAGAUUUGCAAACGAAGCGAGAGGGGGACGAGUGGACUGGCCGGUGCCCUACUCCAAGGAAUCCAUUAAAAACAUCAUAUACGAACACGUAAUGACUGAGUGGCAGGAGGGCUGGGACAGGGGGCAUCAUUGGUGCAGAAAUUGGAUCAAGAGCGUCCGAAAGGACGUGGCACCGACGCCAGAUUAUUUCAUUACGCAGGCGCUGACGGGGCAUGGGGGGUUCCCGGCCUACCUUGGGCGCUUCGACCUCCGUGACUCUACCCAGUGUGGUUGUGGCAACGAGAACGCCAACAUUGAACACUAUAUGUUUCAGUGUCCUGAGACCCGGGGUCCGAGGGAGGCGCUUGAGGGUAUCCUGGGGGGGCCGCUGGUGGCUGAUAGACUUGUGUUCUUGAUACAUAGGCGCGGCGCUUUGCCGCAGCUGAGAGCUAUAAUUGAACGAGCUAAUGACAUGUAA